AUGUCUAUCCACGCCGUGCGGAAAGAGCAGUGCCACCUUGCUUGGGAUAACAGCAUCCCCCCCAUUCUCCGAGUUCAGUCAGGCCAAAUCGUCACCUUCGACUGCCUCGAUGCGUCAAAUGGACAGAUAACACCCUCCAGCACCGUGCAGACCAUAAACUCUCUCGUAUUCUCUCAGCUCGAUCAAGUCAAUGGACCCAUCUACAUCGACGACGCCAAACCAGGUGACACGCUCCAAAUUGAUGUCCUCAGCGUCAAGCCAGCGGAGUGGGGCUGGACGGCAUGCAUCCCAGGCUUCGGACUACUUGCUGACGAGUUUACCGAACCAGCUCUGAAGAUAUGGAAGCUAGAGGCCCUCGAUAAGCUUGAAACAAGUGGCGCUUUUGCUUGGUUUGACGAGCAGAAGACCAUCAAGAUCCCCUUGCGGCCAUUUGCAGGCGAGAUGGGCGUCGCUCCUGGGAAACCUGGCGCGUUUUCGACUAUCCCACCGUAUGCUACGGGAGGAAAUAUCGAUACUAAGCACCUCAGUGCCGGAGCGACACUUUUUCUGCCCGUUGAGGUGGAAGGAGCGUUGUUUUCUAUCGGAGACGGGCAUGCAGCCCAAGGAGAUGGAGAGGUUUGUGGCACUGCUAUCGAGACGCCAAUGAAGGUCUCUGUUCGUCUCACUGUGCGGAAAGAUAGGCCAUACACCAAAACCCCGCACUUCAAAACCGCAUCAAGUAUUCCCAAUCAAGAGUCUUAUUAUACCACAACAGGAGUGGACUCAGACAUGCGCGAAGCGACACGAUCUGCGGUGCGGAGCAUGGUCGAUUUUCUUGUUUUUGAGCACAGGCUGUCUCGAGUCGAAGCCUACAUGCUGUGCAGCGUUGUCGGGGAUUUACGGUUGCAUGAAGUAGUGGACAUGCCCAACUUCGUGGUUGGAAUGAUGAUGCCCCAGUCGGUAUUGACGUAG